ACUGGUUAGAGACUCUGAAAGUAAGUGCCGCCUGACGACCGAACAAACCCCCAGACAUAACACUCGUUCAGCGCUAGUGACAGUGGUGCUUUGCUAGACGCGGUCAAAUCGUUGGAACAAGCGUUCUCUGACACCUGCCACCUGGUCACCUUAACAUCAGUUUUCCCGCCCUGGGCAUUGUCCGGGCCCGCCUGAUCCAGUCCCAUUGGGUUGAGGCACCCAACUAUAGACGACCGCGUCUGAUAUACCCUCGCAUUUUGUUUGCGACUCUGUUUCCGGGCCACGACAACGAACCACUCAUUGCACAAUACCGCGUGCAUAGCCGUGGCAACGCACGAUAAAGUCACGACGUUUUUCACUGGAACCUACAUUCAGACGACCGGACGACAGAGGCACGACCUGACGCAACACCUUGACGGCCGGUACAUCACCAGUACCAACAGAAAACAAGUCACCGACCUCGAAGAGGCAAACAAGCCAUCACAAUGUCCUCCCCACGGACACCGCUCCACUCCCCUCACCACUCCCUCGACUUCAAUUCCGCCGCAUCCUUCGGCUCCUACUCGCCGCAACAAGACCGCCGCCAGUCCAAAGCCUCCUCGCUUAACGACUCAUCCAUGGAUCUAGGCAUACCCGGCGUUGGCGGAGGCGGAGGAGGUGGUGGAGGGCUGGGAAACCUUGCCGACGAACUGGCGGGUGCAUUCUCUGACGCCGAGGAUGACUACGACGGGUAUGAGGAGGGCGACUAUGAUGAGGCCGCCGCGGACGAACAAGACCGAGAGGUGAGAACGCCGGGGAUAAACCUCGAGGACACCACCGAGGACGGUCAUGUCAGAGGUGGAGGGAGGAGCGAUGAGGGACUGCCCGAUAGCGGCGUGGACCUGGAGAGUCCGUCGGGCUCCGCCAAGGGCCAUAACAGCAAGGGGAGUCUGGGCUUGCCAAAACCAAACGGACGGAGCCAUCGCCGAAAGGGCAGCGAAUAUGACGGGAGCGAGUACGGCAGCGAAUCAGACCUAGAAUCACCCGGCAUGCCGCCCAAGCUGGUCGAGAAAAUGGAUGAGGUCGAAUCCCUCGCCCGCCGAGGCACAGAAAACAACGGCUCACCGAAUGACGGCGUCUUCAAGCGCGUCACCGAAUGGCUGCGCGACCUAGGCUCUCAAGCCAGCAUUGAAGGUGGCGCAACACGUCUCAUAACCGCCCACACGGCCCUAACAACCCACCUAACCCACCAAACCCGCCAACUGCACAAUCUCACCUUCCCCCUCCUCUCCCCGCUAGUACCCCCACCCUCCGAAGAAACAAUCACCGCUCUCCUACCCAUGCUCCUCUCCCUAGCAGAGCUGAUGCCCCGUCCAUCAACACCGUCCCUUCAAGCCCUCGCAAGCCUGCACUCCUCCACAACCGAGCUGAUCAACACCCUAAACUACCUCUCGGACACGCUGCACAUGUCACGCCAGACCACCACGACCGCGACGCGGCGCCUGAAAUCGGCGCGCGAUCUCGUGGCCGAGCUCCGCCGCGACGAGGAGCUGCGCGAGGAAGGGGAGAGAUGGCUGGCAAGGGGCAACUGGGGCGAGCGGCUCCGCCGGCGUGAGUGCGCGCACGUGUGCGGCGAGGUCGUGGGCGGGUUUGAGAAGGUAUGCGAAGGGUGGCGCGAGAGGUUGGUCCAACUUUCCGGGGCCGAGUCGGCCCAGGCGUAGCGCGUGUACUUGCCUGCUGUGGCAAAGGCUGGAGAUGGCGGGGUGUAGGGUUGCUUGGGGGGUAGACGUGGUGAAGGAGUCGUUUCGAGGUGGUGGUGAGGCAGACGGGUGCUCUCUUUUGCUAGGUGUCAUUUCUUGAUGGAUGGGUGCAUAUACCGUAGGUGCGGCGGUGGAUGCUGGCGUGAUAUAGACUAUACCACUGGUGGCGUUGAAAGGGUUGGAUGGGCUUGUCAUGGGACGGAUACUAGCAGUGACCGUUAUAUCAACCGGGACGAGGUAAUGUCGAUUUGUUGGUUGACUGGCAUAGAGCUGCGGCACUCGAACCUUGCAUCGAGCAUCACGGCGCUCUUUUUGAAGAUAGAUGAGGAAUGAGACUGCAUAUGGUACGGAAC